UGGACAGAAAGCUUGGUGGAGACAUUGGAGGAAGUCCUGCUAUGGGGGCUGGUUUCGGAGCUCCUCCGGCUGCAAUGCCAGCUUCCUUCAACGCCCCCAUCAGCGGCGGUCUGGACGACCUGUUUGAUCUCGGAGGUGGUGGUAUGACGAUGGGAACCUACAUCCCCCCUAAAGCAGUUUGGCUGCCAGCCAUGAAGGCCAAGGGUCUGGAGAUAUCGGGCACUUUUGUCCGCCGCUCUGGGGUCAUCCAAAUGGAGAUGACACUCAACAAUAAAGCUAUGAGUGUCAUGAGUGAUUUUGCCAUCCAGUUCAACAGAAACAGCUUUGGUCUGGCUCCGGCUGGUCCCCUCCAGAUCCUCACUCCUAUCAGUCCGAACCAGAGCAUUGAGGCCGCGCUGCCGCUCAGCACCGUGGGGCCCGUCAUGAAGAUGGAGCCGCUCAACAACCUGCAGGUGGCUGUGAAGAACAACAUUGACGUAUUCUACUUCAGCUGCCAGUACCCCAUCAGCAUGCUGUUCCUGGAGGACGGGAAGAUGGAGCGCCAGGUGUUCCUCGCCACAUGGAAAGACAUUCCUAAUGAGAACGAGUCCCAGUUUCAGAUCAAAGACUGCCAUCUCAACUCAGAUGCAGCCUCCAACAAACUGCAAGGUAGCAACAUCUUCACCAUAGCUAAGCGUACCGUGGAGGGUCAGGACAUGCUGUAUCAGUCGAUGAAGCUCACCAACGGCAUCUGGGUGCUGGCUGAGCUGAGGGUGCAGGCUGGAAACCCAAACUACACAAUCUCUCUGAAGUGCAGAGCUCCGGAGGUUUCUCAGUGUGUUUUCCAGAACUACGAGACAGUGCUGAAGAACUGAACACCUGCCCCCACACCCCCACACAGCUGACCCGCAGACCAUGUUACAACCUCUCGCAGUGCAGGAGCCACUUCCUGCUGUGUUGGCAAAUUCUUCUGGUUAAUCAUUUUUCUUUGUCCCGGUCCCACCCGUCACCGCUUGUUUUUCUUUCCUCCGCCUGCAGAAAACCCUCUUCUUCUCUGUCUAGCUGGACUCAUCAUGUCCCUCUCUCUCUCGAGUGUGUUUUCUAUAAAAUAGUUUCAGGACAUUUCCUCACGAUACAGUUUCUUUCACUUGGAGCUGGUCCUGCACUCAGCGAUGACCUGUCUUCUUUUGGGGCUGCAGUCCUGUGAGAGUUUUCUCUGCAUAAAUAAUUAUCUAGCCCCACUUUUCUGCAAAUUGGAGACUAUUUAUAGCUUAUGCGAUCACCCGUUGAAAUAUCUCUGUCGGCAUAUUUAUUUAAGAUUUAAAUUGCCGCAGUAAAAAGGCUUUAACUCGUCUGCUCUGUGUGAAGUGGCUGUCUGGCUCUUAGAAGAGACUCAUAGAAGCUUCCAAACUACAUUAUAGUUUUUUUGUCUUCGUCAAUCUUUUGUCGGUUUUCUUUAGUGUUUAGCAGCGGGUUCGGAUCCUCUGCUGUCUGAGAGCAGAAUGUGAGCAACGCUGUUUGAUAGACUGGCAGCCGUCGUCCAUUGUUUGCUCUCUCACUUAGUCAUUCCAUGCUUUGAUUUGCGUUUUGUAGUCUUGUUAGUGUUCAUGUGGCAAACUGGGAGAGGGUGUUUGUAUUUGCUGCCCCCCCCCCCCCCUGCGUAAGACAAACACUCUCUGCCACUUGGCUCUCUCAGCCCUCUCAUCGCAGCCUCUCAGUACUCUGGCCACCUGAGAUGAAGGUUCAGGUGAGAGAACUCUAAGCGUAUGAUGCCAUGGUUUGAGUAAUAAGUGUGAGUGUAGGUAGCACACUGCGUACAUCCAGUGUCCCUUGUUCUACCUGCAGACUCGAACCGGUUCAUUGUUCCCCCUUCUAUCCGGGUCAUUACAUCCAGGUCCUUUUUAUCGACUCUACACGAUGUAUGCGCCCACGCUAACGCCUCACCACGUGUGUGUCUGUGUGUGGUGGCGGCUGAUUCCUAUAAAAUGCUGUAAAAAAAAAAAAAAAAAAGAAAGAAAAAAAAUCAAAUGUAUAAUCAGAGGUUUUUGAUUGAAAUGAUUUUGUUCAUUGUGUGUACAUCAUAAGAAAUAUUAAAAGCCUUGAUAAAUUCA